AGGGGAUCCUUAUGCACAACCCCAUGAAAUGAACAAAGCUCCACAGCCCACAGGAGGAGCCCCGACAGCCCCGCACCCUGCCCCUUCUCCCGGACUGCCGCAGCCGACAUUCCCACCCGGUCAGACGGCAGCUGUGGUUUUUAACCCGGCACCGACCUCACAAAUGAAUACGCCUUCUCAGCCACGCCAGCAUUUCUACCAGAACAGGGCGCAGCCUCCCGCCAGCGCGUCCCGCGUACAGAGCAACACGACGGCUCGGCCCGGCCCCCCUGCCCAUGUGUAUCCAGCUGCUUCCCAGGUGAUGAUGAUACCCUCCCAGAUAUCCUACACACCUUCCCAAGGAGCCUAUUACAUUCCCGGACAGGGCCGCUCCACGUACGUCGUCCCGACCCAGCAGUACCCGGUCCAGCCUGGUGCCCCUAGUUUUUACCCUGGAGCCAGCCCCACAGAGUUCGGGACUUACGCGGGUGCUUAUUACCCGGCGCAGGGGGUGCAGCAGUUCCCGGCGGGGGUCCCUGCUGCCCAGGCCCUUGUGAGCCAACAGCCACCGAUCCCCCCAAAACGAGAGCGCAAGACGAUCCGGAUACGAGACCCCAACCAAGGUGGCAAAGACAUCACUGAAGAAAUCAUGUCUGGAGCAAGGACCUCAUCCACCCCCACCCCUCCACAGGCUGGAAGCGGUUUGGAGCCUCAGGCCAACGGAGAGACACCCCAUGUAGCAGUUAUUGUCCGACCAGAUGAUCGCCCAAAGCCUGCGCCGGCGGCGAGCAAGCCCAUCUCCCCGGAGCCCAGCAAGUCGGCCUCCCCGUCGCCUCCCCCUCCCCUCAUCCCCGAGGUGGAAUCCGUGGUGCUCUCGGCUGUGACGCUGGUGCCAAUGGAGCCCCCUGUGGAUGUGGACACUAAAGCAGAGCUGGGCGAGGCGCCGCCCGACCCCAACAAGACGUUUAGCGCCAUCACUACAGUGCCAGGGGCUGUGGAUGUGCCCGUUGUGCCCUCGACCAACAUGAACACGGUGGUUGUGGAGGAGAAGGAGGAGGAGGUUGCCAUUCCCCUCCCGGAGCCUACCCCACAGGCACCUGUGCCCCCUGAGGUGCCACCGGUGAGGGCAGAGCCCUGCCCUGAGCCCGCUGUUGAGCCCACUGCCGAGGCCAAUGGGGUCUUAGAGGAGGUGCCUGAGCCGGUCCCUGAGGUGCCUGUGUGCCAGCCAGUGCUGGUGCCCACUACAGCACCUGCGACCACCCUGGUCUCCCCCAUCACCCAGCCUGAAGAGCUGCCCCUGCCCAACGGGGUAGAGGGCACCAGGAAAGCAGAGCUGAGCGAGGGGCAGCCUGAGUCAGACAUCAGCCCCAUCUCAGAACCCGAGGAGCUGGCCCAGCCCGGCACCCCUGCCUCCCCCCCGGAGGAAGAGGAGGAGGAGGAGAGUGAAGGCCCUGGUGAGGCCACAGAGCGGAGCUCCAGCCCGGCCCCUGCCCCUUCGCAGACCUCGGAGGCGACUGCGCGAGUCGCCGUGUCGGUGCCAAAGAAGAAGCGAAGGUUGAAGGAGCUAAACAAGAAGGAGGCAGUAGGCGAUUUGCUGGAUGCCUUUAAAGAGUCUCAGAUCAGUGACAGUGCCUCAGAGACAGAGAACAAGCCUCCCAUGUCCACCCCUGCACAUGAAGUGGAGGAAUUGGCCCCAGCUCGCCCACAGGAAGAGUCGGAGGAGACGUGGGAAGAGAAGGAGGACAAGCUGGCCCCAGAGAAGGGCAAAGCUGCUGACCAGAAGUACCGCUACAAGGAAGAGCAAUGGAAGCCACUGAACCCUGAGGAGAAGAAGCGAUAUGACCGUGAGUUCCUGCUGGGCUUCCAGUUCAUCUUUGCCAGCAUGCAGAAACCUGAGGGGCUGCCCCAGAUCACGGAUGUGGUGCUGGACAAGCCCUGUGUACCUUUGCAGGCCAACAAGACCCCACUGCGGGCGCUUGACCCCAUCCGCCUCAGUGGCAUGAACUGCAGCCCUGACUUCACCCCCUCCUUUGCCAACCUCGGCCGGCCUGUCAUGGGCAACCGGGGCCUGCCCUCAGGGUUGGGUCCUCGUCGCUCUCAGCAGAGCCAGAGGAAGGAACCUCGCAAAAUCAUUGCCACUGUGUCCCUCAAUGAGGAUGUCAAGCUGAACAAGGCUGAGAAGGCCUGGAAACCCAGCAGCAAGCGUGCCUCUGAGGAGGAGGAUCCUGAGAACAUCAAGACACAGGAGCUGCUCCGCCGCGUCCGCAGCAUCCUCAACAAGCUGACGCCCCAGAUGUUCCAGCAGCUGAUGAAGCAGGUGAUGGAGUUGUCCAUCGACACGGAGGAGCGGCUCAAGGGUGUCAUCGACCUCGUCUUUGAGAAGGCCAUCUCGGAGCCAAACUUCUCUGUUGCCUAUGCUAACAUGUGCCGUUGCCUUAUGGGGCUCAAAGUGCCCACCACAGACAAGCCCACGGUGACUGUGAACUUCCGCAAGCUGCUGCUCAACCGCUGCCAGAAGGAGUUUGAGAAGGACAAGGAUGAUGAUGAGAUCUUUGAGAAGCGACAGAAGGAGAUGGAUGAUGCCAGUGCUCCUGAGGAGAAGGCGCGCAUGAAGGACGAGCUGGAGGAGGCCCGGGACAAGGCCCGACGGCGAUCACUGGGCAACAUCAAGUUCAUUGGAGAGCUCUUCAAACUGAAGAUGUUGACAGAGGCCAUCAUGCAUGACUGUGUGGUGAAACUGCUCAAAAAUCAUGAUGAGGAGUCUCUUGAGUGCCUUUGUCGCCUGCUUACCACCAUUGGCAAGGACUUGGACUUUGAGAAGGCCAAGCCCAGGAUGGACCAGUACUUCAAUCAGAUGGAGAAGAUCAUCAAAGAGAAGAAGACAUCGUCCAGAAUCCGUUUCAUGCUACAGGAUGUGAUUGACCUCAGACGGAAUAGCUGGGUGCCACGGCGAGGAGACCAGGGCCCCAAAACAAUCGACCAGAUCCACAAGGAAGCAGAGAUGGAGGAGCAUCGGGAACACAUCAAAGUGCAGCAGCUCAUGUCAAAGGACAAGAGGAGAGGGCCUCCUGGGCCAUCCUCCAGUGGACGUGGGAGCUUGGUUGCAGACGAUGGCUGGAACACAGUGCCCAUCAGCAAGGGCAACCGGCCUAUUGACACCAGCCGGCUAACGAAGAUCACCAAGCCUGGAUCCAUUGACACCAACAACCAGCUCUUUGCGCCGGGCGGGCGGCUGAGCUGGGGCAAGGGCAGCAGUGGAGGGUCUGGUGCAAAGCCUGCAGAUUCAGCAUCUGAUUCAGGGCGACCAGCCACGAGCACCUUGAACCGCUUCUCAGCGCUCCAGCAGUCGAGCCCUGCCGAGAACCUGGAGACCCGCCGUGUGGUGCAGAGGAGCAGCUCCAGCCGCGACAGGUCAGAGAAGGCUGGGGACAGAGGGGAACGGGAGUCACGUUCGGAGAAGGGCAGCGACCGCCUGGAGCGUCCCGACCGGGGGGAGCGGGCAGACAGGAACAGGUCUGCCCUCACCAAGAGGAGCUUCAGCAAAGAGACAGAGGACAGAAGCCGAGAACGGGAGAAGCAGGGCGGCCCUGAGGCCUUGCGCAAGGCUGCCAGCAUGACGGAGGAACGGGACCGGAGCCGAGAGCCCAUUAAGCAAGAGUCAGUACCUCCUGCAGCAUCUACCAAGCCUGUGCUGUCAGAAGAGGAGCUGGAGAAGAAAUCUAAGGCGAUCAUAGAAGAGUACCUGCACAUCAAUGACAUGAAGGAGGCCCUGCAGUGUGUUCAGGAGCUGGGCAGCCCCUCCUCGCUCUACAUAUUCGUGCAGAAUGGCAUUGAGUCCACGCUGGAGAGGAGCACUAUCUCCCGUGAACACAUGGGGGUCUUGCUGUGCCAGCUGGUGAAGGCAGGCACGCUCUCCAAGGAGCAGUACUACAAAGGGCUGCGGGAGAUCCUGGAGAUCGCAGAAGACAUGGAGAUCGACAUCCCACACAUCUGGCAGUACCUGGCUGAGCUCAUCACCCCUAUCCUGCAAGAGGAAGGCAUCCCCAUGGAGGAGCUGUUCAGGGAGAUAACAAAACCCCUGGUGCCCAUUGGGAAGGCCCCCACGCUGCUGGUGGAGGUGCUGGGCUUGUUGUGCAAGGGAAUGGGCCAGAAGACUGUAGGCAAGCUGUGGCGGGACGGGGGCCUGAGCUGGAAGGAAUUCCUGCCUGAGGAUCAGGAUGUCAACAAAUUUGUCACAGAGCAGAAAUUGGAGUACACGGUGGGGGACAGCUCGGACACGCCGAGCCACAAGGAGCUGACCUCGGAGGAGCUGUGCAAGCAAAUGGACAAACUGCUGAAGGAGAACCCGAACAACCAAAGAAUACACGACUGGAUCGAGGCCAACCUGAGUGAGCAGCAGGUCUCAUCCAACACGUUUAUCAGGGCCCUAAUGACGUCCGUGUGCCACUCGGCCAUUGUCUGUGAGUACCAGGGUGAGGCAGGGAGGGGAUCCCUGCCCACACUGCCCCCCCCUCAUGCCCCAUUUCCUGCAGUCGAGAAUCCCUACCGUUUGGAUUCCCUGGUCAUCCACAACCAAGCCAAGCUGCUGCAAAAAUACCUGCGAGAUGAGCAGAAGGAGCUCCAGGCUCUCUACGCCCUGCAAGCCUUGGUGGUGAAGUUAGACCAGCCUCCCAACCUGCUGCGGAUGUUCUUUGAUGUCCUCUAUGAUGAGGAUGUUAUCAAGGAGGAGGCUUUCUACAAGUGGGAGUCCAGUAAAGACCCAGCUGAGCAGCAGGGAAAAGGGGUGGCUCUCAAAUCGGUGACAGCCUUUUUCACCUGGCUCCGGGAAGCUGAGGAUGAGUCGGACAACAACUGAGCAACUGUGAGGAAGAGGAGGAGGAAGGGAGGAGAGAGAGCGGGGCACCCUGGGGAGCAGCUCCAUCCCCUCCCACCCCCAGGCCUCCCUGGACUUGCUGAUGCUGGGGCCAAGGGACCCACUCUGCCCCCAGAGCCCCCCUCUCUCUUUACAGUUCUCCUCCUCUCCCUCCUCCUCCUGUCCUGGUUCUGUUCGUGAGGCCUGUACUAGUUUGUCACGAUGAUAAUAAACGGAUGCUGAUGGAGGCAGCUCUCACAGUGGGUCCCCUCGGGGCCCCUCCUCUCCCCCCUCCCAGUGCAGGCACCCUAGUUCUCUGGGAGUGGGGCAGAGCACCCCUGGACUCAAGUAAUGGAGAGGGGGGACAGGAUGGGGAAAGAAAUCUCUCCCCUCCUUUCCCCCCUCUUCUUCCUCCUCCCCACUUCU